CGUGCGCAUUCUGCACAUUAUUGGCUUGUGGCCGCUGGCAGGUUCGCGGCUCUAUCGGUUUCUCGUAGCUGUCUUCUUCUCUCUCUGUUUAGGAAACUUUACCGAGGCCGUGAUCAACUUAUGUACGCUACACGGAUAUCUGGAAGACUUCACGAUGGCUUUGUCGAACGCGUCGUUCGUUAUCGUUGGCGCCCUCAAAGUGACUUUCUUCUUGCGGCACGAGAGCGGCUAUUGCCGCCUGGUGCGAUGGCUGGACGCCCUUGUAGCUAGCCAGAGGGAGCAUAUUAGAGGACGUCUACAGUUGGAGGAUAUCUUCACUGGAGCCCAGAGCCUCGCUAUGCGCCUUACGAGAGGUUUCUUCGUGUAUAACCCGUUGAUAGCCCUCACUUGGGUGCUGGUGCCACUGACCGCGCCACCAGAAGCCAAAAGGCUGCCUUUCCAGCAGCUCCCCUUAACGGAGGACAGCCCAUUCUCCGUUUACGCACUGUCUUAUGUUCUGCAAGGGGUCUCCAUGAUCUGGAUAGGUCUAAUCAGUGUGCAGAUGGACUGCUUCUUUACCGCUGCCAUGAUCCACGCCACAUCUCAGCUCAGGAUAUUGUCUUCGAUCAUCGCUGAUCUACAGCUGGGAAACGGCGACCAGAAACUUCAGGAGAAAAUCUCACUACAUAGCAUGUACAAAGAGUUGCGUCUAUGCAUACAGGCGCACCAAGAAAUCACAAGAUUUGUCAAUCACCUCGAGAGCGUCAUGAAUCCUAUAGCAAUGAUGCAGCUCGCUGUUGGAGUAAUCAACGGUUGCAUGCUGUUAUUUCCGGCGACGUAUAGCUCAGAGAACGACGCCCUACUGAAGUGCGUGAUCGCCGCUCCCACCAUCAGCGCACAGCUGCUGCUCUACUGUCUGGGGGCGCACAGCGUGCGAGAGCAGGGAGAGGCGGUGUCGCUGGGGGCCUACAGCUGUGGCUGGCCGGACGCGAGCGCCGGCUUCCGGCGGGCGCUGCUGGUGGUCAUGGCGAGGGCGCAGAAGCCGCUGACGCUCACCGCUGGUGGCAUCUACCCCAUACAGAGGGCCACCUUCCUCUCGCUCCUCAACGCGGGAUACUCAUACUACGCUGUGAUUGGCAACUACAACAGCCGUUAACACUGCAGUGUCAAAUAGCACCAAUGUUUUCUCUCUGCCUGCCAACAAGGAAAGUGAGUCAUCGUUGGGACAACAAGC